AUGGAAGCCGUACUCCCGAUAGAGGUUGAGAUUCCCUCCUUAAGGAUCCUAAUGGAAGCCAAGUUAUCAGAAGUUGAAUGGUGCCAAGCUAGAUACGACCAGUUGAAUCUUAUUGAAGAGAAAAGAAUGACUGCUUUGUGUCAUGGUCAGCUUUACCUAGAAAGAAUGAAGAGAGCUUUAGACAAGAAAGUCAGACCUCGAAGAUUUAAGGAAGGCGAUCUCGUGCUCAAGAAGAUAUUACCUCUUCAACCAGAUGCCAGGGGAAAAUGGGCUCCCAAUUAUGAAGGCCCAUAUGUUGUUAAGAGAGUCUUCUCAGGUGGUGCUUUGACUCUUACGACUAUGGAUGGGAAAUAUCUUGCUAUUGUUGUUUGCUGGAUUCUCGGUAACGGAUUCCUCUUUGCAUGGAAAAACAUGCUUACCAUUCAGGACUACUAUGUCUACUUGUUUCCGAUAAUCUAUCGCUAUUUAUGUUUACUUUUUGUUAGACAAGAUUCUCUUUUUCUACUUAUCAGGAUUAGGGGUGGCGAAAUGGAUGGAAUGGAUGGAUAUGGAUUAGAUGUAAAUACAAGGCUCAGAAAUCUUAUUGGAUAUUCUUUUUUUUUCUUUACCACCUUGUUGGUGCUUGUUUUCAACUUAUCAACAAACGGUAAAGGUGGAGUUGGACCAUUCGUAUGCACCAGUGGUCUUUUUGGAGUUGUCGAUGCCCAUGUUCAAGGUGGAAUGAUGGGUGACUUAUUCUACAUGAACCCUAAAUUCAUUAGGUCGUUUCUAGCUAGGGUGGCUGCCUUUGGCGCACUUACCUCUACUCUGAGGAUAUUAACAAAAUCUAUUUUCGAAAAAUCUAAAGACGGCCUUAGAAGAGGAGCUACUACGUUCUUAAUGAUAUCAUCAGUGUUUGAACAUGUAUGUUUAUUGUUGUAUGCCUUUGUAUUUCCAAACAUACCGAUUGUCGAGUACUAUCGCAAAAAAGCAGCAUCUGAAGGAGACAUAGUAGUUUCAGCCGACGUUGAUUCUAGUGGCAUCCAAAGAAGACCCAACCAAAAUGAUGGUUCUGCAAUUCAAGAAAAGAAGGGAAAUAAACAAUUGUUAAUGGAAAAUAAUGAUUAUCUACUUGAUAUGUUUAUGAUAUAUGGGUUGACAUUUUCUAUUUAUCCUGGAUUCCUUUCUGAAGAUACUGGAGCACAUAAUAAUUUCUAUCUUUGUCAUCUUACUAUUUCAAAUUAUGAAUGA